CGGAAGCCGGGAUGCCAUUCACCAGACAGUUGCGAGUUGAUCAUUGUCGUUAUUUCCGAACAGUACCGAGGUAUUUCCGAACAGAACCCAGGAUUUCAUCCAUCAGACAGCUGCAAGGUCGGACCACUUCUUGAAUCCACAAAGUACAGGCUCCCGACACCUUGACCAUGCCCAUUCACGAUCUACACAAACCUUUGGAAGACUGGGCCAGGAGGCGAGGCCAGAUCGAUGACGAGGAAGUCAGGUUGGAGGUUGACACCCACAGACUGCGUAUCAGAACCACCGAGUCCUCCAUGGCCGAACUCUCGGUCGCUGCAGGAUCCAAUUCUCCAUCCGGGGUCUUGUUCAAGUCCAAAUACAAGAACAGUACAGACACCACCCAAGAGCACACCUUCAUGGUGGAGAGACAAACCGAGGCAACGGUCACGACCUCUUUGGCAAACGGCUUCACCAGAAAUGGCAACGUUGGAAUACAGUUAAACGUUCCUGUUGACGUCUCCAAAGCUACUGGCAGCUUCGGGUCGAGCGUGACCGUGGACACCGAGGAUGAGAACACUGUGAAACACGCCGUCAGCUGGGGCAUCAACUCCAAGGUGAAUGCCCCUCCAGGGGAGACAACUGUCGCUGUUCUUAAGAUUAUUGAGGAGAAGCAUCACUUUACCUUCAAGGCCAAGGUCACCAUGAAGGGACGGGUCCUGGUACGAAUUAUGGAUGACGACGGAACUGUUCUGCGCGUCAUGGAGAAUGACCUGGCCACCAUCUUGGAUGAAGAUGAAAACUUUAAAAAAAGAAUCGGGAGUCAAAGUUGACAUGCAAACAAGAAAGGUCAAAUGGGAUGUGUCUGGGUCGCUGAAUUUCCGGUUCGGUGUGUCGCAGGAUGUGGAGGUGUUUCACGAGAGAAAACAGCAGGCUCAAUCACGUCGCUAAAGUUUCGACACCAUUCGUGCUCUGCUAAAACUAGAUUCUUGUUCAUUUCUUCUUUCCAGAUUCUUAUGCAGGAAUAUCAUGAUGAUUAUAUAUGCAACUAGGCAGUCUGUUUUUUAUCCUACUAAGUUAAUCAGCCCCACAACUGUAACAAUAUCUACUUAACUAAACAUGUAUGAUGGUGGAAAUAAAACUUGUAAGUAAACUUC